CGCCAUUUUAAGAAAGGAACAGCUCGUUCAGCUUGGUGAGAGAACACGUUGGGUAUUGUCGUGUGGACCGAAAUACAGAAAAACGUUCAAGGGAUUUAAGAAAUUCAUGCACGAAAAUUCCUCAGAGAAACGCGCCGAGGUUAUUGGUGAAAAAUCGGAGGUUUCGUCGGAACCGAAUGAGAAUUUGAGGUGAACAAUGACUCAGUUUCUUCCGCCGAACCUGCUGGCAUUGUUUGCCCCGCGGGACCCGAUACCUUUCCUGACUCAGCUCGAGAAACUUCCCCACGAGAAACACCACAACCAGCCCUACUGCGGAAUUGCCCCUUUUAUCCGGCAUUUUGAGGACCCCAGAGAUGCUCCACCACCAACAAGAGCAGAGACGCGGGAUGAGCGGUUGGAGAGGAAGAGGAGAGAGAAGAUGGAAAGGAGGCAAGUUGUGGUGGAAACAGAACUGAAGCUAUGGGACCCACAUAAUGAUACUAAUGCUCAAGGAGAUGCUUUUAAGACCUUGUUUGUUGCUCGAAUUAAUUAUGACACCACAGAGUCCAAACUACGGCGUGAGUUUGAAGUCUAUGGUCCUAUCAAACGGAUCUACAUUGUGUAUAACAAGAAAACUGGAAAACCAAGAGGCUAUGCGUUCAUUGAAUAUGAACACGAGAGAGAUAUGCACUCUGCCUACAAGCAUGCGGAUGGCAAAAAGAUUGAUGGACGUAGAGUACUUGUUGAUGUUGAAAGAGGAAGAACGGUCAAAGGAUGGCACCCCAGACGACUUGGUGGAGGUCUUGGGGGUACAAGGCGAGGGGGAGCAGAUGUCAACAUCAAGCACUCUGGCAGAGAUGACACCUCCCGUUAUGAUGACCGACCAAUUGGAAGUGACCGUGAUCGGGAUCGUGGCGAACGCAGGGAACGCAGUCGUGACCGAGACAAGGAGCGUGGAGAGCGCGGAGAGCGUCGCCGCUCUCGAUCCCGAGAGAGACGCAGACACACCAGAUCUCGGGAGCGUGAGAGGGCUCUUGUGGUUCCGGGGGAGGAGACUGGGGGCAGCAGCCGACGCCGAGAAAGAGAAAGAGACAGAGGUGCCGUUGGAGGCAGCCGAGAGAGGAGUAGAGACCGGGAUAGAGAAAGAGACCGCAAAAGGAGAAGCAGGAGCAGGGAUAGAAAGAGAGAUAGGGAAAGAGGCAAGGGUGCAGAAGGAGGAGAGGAAGGCAUGGGUGGGCUAGCUGACGGAAUGAUUCCAGAAGGGGGAGAACGGGGAAUGGAGGACCCCUUGGGUGGUGAACCAGGGCGAGGUGAGGAGGGAGGGCCUGAAGGAGAAGAGAGAGGGAGGGAUCGAGACAAAGACCGGGAAAGAGACCGUGAUAGGAAGCGUAGCCAUAGAGAUAAAGAUAGAGACAGGGAUCGGGAGAGAAGGCGAGAUAGGGAUAGAGAUCGUGAACACAAACGGGACCGAGGUGAUCGGGACCGUGGGGACCGGCGGGAAGAUAGACAUGUAUCCUCCUCAGGAGAUCAAGAGGGUUUGGGUAAUGGAGGUGAUGGGGGUGAAGAGCAAGCGCCACCACAAUCAGAAGAAGGUUCACAGGAUGGGAUGAGGAUGAUGAUGAUGGAUCAGGAUUCCAUCCAGUCAGGAGAGGGCUAUGCCUCCAAUGAGAAUGGGUACAGGAUGGAGGCCCAGGGUGAUGGGUACUGAGAGUGCCACUGUUGUGUGAAUGAUCCAAGGUUAUCCAGUUGCAAUGUUGAUUUGAUUCCCAAAUAUCCUCAACCGUUAUUUAAUGCCUACACACCCUCCUAUGCUUGCACUAUGUCCAGUGUGUGAGUAUUACACUGUACCACCAACAGCUAUCGCUGAGAGAGCUUAGUGUCUCCCUGGUAAGAAGCGUACUUUUGUUUAAUAAAAAGAUUAUGUAGCUGAACUGAUUUUUUUUUAGCCUGUUUAAAUUAUAUCUGGGGAUUUGUUUGCAUAAAACUUCACCUAAUAACUAGCCUUAUGAUGCAUUUGAAAUCCCUGUUAUAACCAACUAAGUAUCAAUUGACCGUGUUGCUGGGAUAAAGUCUCUUGACUGAAGUACUGUAUCUUUUACGGUGUAGUAUCAGUAAGGGAUGGGUAAUUGAUGGUUUAAAAUGUGUCUGUACAUUGUUUCUUUUACAUUAGUCCUCACCUCCCCCCAGUUUCUCUUUAGUGGUCUCUUUUUUUUGUCUUGUACAUUUUUAUUAUAUAUUUGGUCUAAUAUUGAUCGUUUGCAAAUCGUACAGUGGCCCCUAAUUUUACUGUAGGAACAAUUACAGGAAAAAAGUACACAAUUGUGUUUUUUAAAGAAUGUUUGCUAUGGGUUCACAAAAAGCGCUCUUAUUUUUUUUCUUUUUUGCUUAUCUCUGGUUGUAUUGGUUCUGCCUUUCAUCCUUGAAUAAAUCAUUUUUUAUUGACA